AUGUCUAUUGACUUUCCCGCCGAAGAGGAGACUGUCCUCAAGCGGUGGAGAGAGAUCGACGCCUUUCGCCGGCAGGUUGAACUCUCCCGCGGCCGGAAGCCAUACACUUUCUACGAUGGACCUCCUUUUGCAACUGGUCUUCCACAUUAUGGUCACUUGCUCGCAAGUACCAUCAAGGAUAUCAUUCCUCGAUACUUUUCGAUGACGGGUCACUACUGUGAGCGAAGAUUUGGCUGGGAUACACAUGGUGUGCCAAUCGAACACGAAAUCGACAAGAAGCUCGGAAUGUCCGGCUCGGAAGCUGUUGAAAAAUUAGGUAUCGCCAAAUACAACGAAGAAUGUCGAGCAAUCGUGAUGAGAUAUGCUUCAGAAUGGCGACAAACGAUCGAACGACUCGGCCGUUGGAUCGAUUUCGAUAACCCCUAUCGUACCCUCGACGCUACCUUCAUGGAAUCAGUCUGGUGGAUCUUCAAACAAUUGGCGGAUAAGGAUAUGGUAUACCGUGGAUAUAGAGUUAUGCCAUACUCAACAGCCCUCAACACGCCUUUGAGUAAUUUCGAAGCUUCUCAAAACUAUAAAGAUGUGACCGACCCGGCUGUCGUGGUCUCCUUCCCGCUAGUUGAUGACCCAAACGUGUGUUUGUUGGCAUGGACAACGACACCCUGGACACUCCCUUCCAACGUCGGCCUUUGCGUACACCCCGAUUUCGAGUACGUGAAGGUCCUCGACGAAGCAUCGGGAAAACACUACAUCCUGAUGGAAUCCCUACUCCGCACACUCUACAAAGAUCCCAAGAAGGCGAAGUUCAAAAUUGUUGACAGAUUUAAGGGAUCGGCUAUGAAGGGCUGGAGAUAUGAGCCGCUUUUUGACUACUUCAUAGACGACUUCAAGGACUGCGGAUUCCGUGUUUGCAAUGAUACAUAUGUGACUUCUGAUGCCGGUACCGGUAUUGUCCACCAAGCACCUGCAUUUGGUGAAGACGAUUACAGGGUUGCUGUGGAACAUGGAGUUAUAUCAGACAAAGUACUACCACCAAACCCUGUGGACGAAACAGGUAACUUUACAUUUGAAGUUCGUGAUUUCGUUGGGCAGCAUGUCAAGGCAGCCGACAGAGUUAUCAUCAAACACCUCAAGGGAACCGGCCGCUUGAUUGUCGACGGCCAAAUUACUCACAGCUACCCAUUCUGUUGGCGCUCAGAUACUCCUCUUAUUUACCGAGCUGUGCCAGCGUGGUUUGUAAAGGUGGGACCGGUCAUUCCCACCAUGCUCAAAGGAAUUGAAGACUCUCAUUGGGUCCCGUCUUUCGUCAAGGAAAAGCGAUUUGCCAACUGGAUUCAAAAUGCCAGAGAUUGGAAUAUUGCUAGGAAUCGUUACUGGGGAACACCAAUCCCUCUUUGGGUUAGUGAUGAUUUCAAAGAGGUUGUCGCCAUCGGCAGCGUUUCGGAAUUGAAGGAACUCAGCGGUUACGAAGGUGAAUUGACUGAUCUGCAUCGGGACAAAAUCGAUCACAUCACCAUCCCCAGUAAGCAAGGUAAAGGUCAGCUUCGUCGUGUACCCGAGGUCUUUGAUUGUUGGUUCGAGAGUGGUUCAAUGCCCUAUGCAUCGGUCCACUAUCCUUUUGAACGUAAAGAUACAUUCCAGGACGCAUUUCCCGCCCAGUUCAUUGCUGAGGGUCUUGAUCAAACGCGUGGUUGGUUCUAUACACUCUCUGUCUUGGGUUGCCAUCUGUUCGGAAAAUUGCCAUACCAAAAUGUCAUUGUGAAUGGUAUUGUGUUAGCCGAAGACGGUAAGAAGAUGUCUAAGCGGCUGAAGAACUAUCCUGAUCCAACUUUGAUCAUGGAUCGCUACGGUUCUGAUGCCCUACGACUUUAUCUUAUCAAUUCUCCUGUCGUCCGAGCGGAACCCCUCCGAUUCAAGGAAGCAGGCGUGAAGGAGAUCAUCUCCAAGGUGCUGUUGCCGUUGUGGAACAGUUACAAAUUCUUCGAAGGACAGGUGGCUCUCUUGAAGAAGAUUGAAAAUAUCGAUUACUGUUUCGACCCCAAAGCAGAGGUCACCAACACCAACGUCAUGGACCGAUGGAUUUUGGCAAGCUGCCAAAGUCUUCUCAAAUUUGUCAACCAAGAAAUGUCUGCUUAUCGUUUGUAUACGGUGGUCCCUAGACUUCUGGAGCUCAUUGAUAACACCACGAACUGGUAUAUUAGGUUCAACCGAAGACGUCUGAAGGGUGAAAAUGGUGUUGAUGAUACACAACAUGCGCUCAACACCUUGUUCGAGGUCUUAUACACUUUGGUGCGCGGUUUGGCGCCAUUCAUCCCUUUCAUCACUGAUACCAUCUAUUUGCGUCUUCUUCCUCAUAUUCCAGAGUCACUACGCGGUGAAGACGACCGCAGUGUGCACUUCCAGCCAUAUCCCCAGGUUCGUGAAGAGCUCUUUGACGAAGUUAUAGAGAGACGUGUGGCUAGAAUGCAGAGAGUUAUUGAGUUGGGCCGAGUUUCUCGAGAGCGCCGUACUUUGGCAUUGAGGCAACCGCUGAAGACGCUUGUUGUCAUUCACCAGGAUCAGCAAUACUUGGAUGAUGUCAAGUCUCUUGAGUCUUAUAUCGUCGAGGAAUUGAACGUCCGGGAUCUUAUCCUGUCCUUGGACGAAGAGAAAUACAACGUGCAAUACAGCGUUUCGGCAGACUGGCCCACACUCGGCAAGAAGCUCAAGAAGGAUGCGCAAAAAGUGAAGAAGUUCUUGCCCUCUUUGACUAGCGAUGAUGUCAAGAAGUUUGUUGCUGAGAAACGCAUUGUCGUUGAUGGUAUCGAACUUGCCGAAGAGGAUCUGGUUGUGAAGCGUGGUAUCAAGGAAGAUGAGACCUCUCAGAACAUGGAGACGAACUCAGAUAGUGACGUCCUUACCAUCUUGGACGUCAAUAUCUACCCUGAAUUGGCAGACGAAGGUCUCGGAAGAGAGAUUAUCAGCCGUGUUCAAAGACUACGUAAGAAGGCAGGCCUGCAGACUACGGAUGAUGUCAAGAUGGAGUAUAAAGUACUUUCUGAUCCUGACAACGUUGGUUUGGAUAGAGUGUUCAAGACCCAAUCCGCAGCUUUUGAGAAGGUGUUGAGAAGACCUAUUGAUCAUCAUGUCAUUACGCAUGUGGCAGGAGAAAUUCCAAAGGAGGAGGAGCCAGGUCUCAUCAUGGAAGAGGAGCAAGAAGUUCAAAAAGCAACCUUCUUGCUCAGGCUUCUCAAGCUGUGA